ACAUCUUCGAGUCUCCCAUCUCUUCGUCUUGCCACCUCUUCCACCAGCUGUCCUCGCCGGCUAGAUCGAUGUCGGGCACCACUUCUCCUCGCCGGCUGGUUCUCGGGCACCGGCCGCUCUAAGGGAGCAGGAGCGAGCGCGCGUCGACAUCAGAAUUCAGCUCCAAUUUAGUCAGUACUGUCGGGAUCCACGAUUUGACUUCUGAGUUACAAACAUGGCUUCUUGCUUUAUGUGUGGAAAGGACAUCAAAGAAACUAUUGAAGCUCCAGGAGGAAAUAAGGUGAGGGUUUUUUCUUAUAGUGAGCUGAGGAAGGGUACACAUGAUUUUAGUGAGGCAAACAAGAUUGGCGAAGGCGGUUUUGGUUCUGUGUUCAGGGGAAGGCUUAAAGAUGGCACAGUUGUAGCGGUAAAGGUGCUUUCUGCCAUUUCGAAGCAAGGCAUAAAAGAGUUUUUUACCGAACUUACAGCAAUUUCUGAUAUUGUGCACGAAAACCUGAUCACCUUAGUCGGUUGCUGCGCUGAGGGAUCCCACAGGAUUCUUGUAUACAACUAUCUUGAGAACAACAGCCUUGCACAUACACUGCUAGGAAAAGGUUAUAGCAGCAUCCGGUUGAACUGGAGAGUUCGUGUUAAAAUUGCUGUAGGCAUUGCCCAUGGGCUUGCGUUUCUUCAUGAAGAAAUCCGUCCUCCCAUAAUCCACCGGGACAUAAAGGCAAGCAAUAUUCUUCUCGACAAGGAUCUCACCCCCAAAAUUUCUGAUUUUGGGUUGGCAAGGCUCCUCCCUCCAAACGCAACUCAUGUGAGCACCUGUGUCGCAGGUACAAUAGGAUACCUUGCUCCUGAAUAUGCAGUUAGAGGUCAAGUGACAAAGAAGUCAGAUAUUUAUAGUUUUGGUGUUCUGCUCUUGGAAAUCGUUAGUGGCAGGUGUAACCACAAUAAUAGAUUGCCUUAUGAAGAUCAAUUUCUGCUCGAGAGGACAUGGAGAUGUUAUGAGGAAGGACAGCUCGAGAAGAUCAUAGAUGCAGAUCUAGAAGAUGACCUGGACGCUGAGGAGGCAUGCCGAUUCUUGAAGGUUGGUCUUUUGUGCACCCAAGAUGCAAUGAAACUCCGUCCCAACAUGACCAACAUCGUCCGGAUGCUGUCCGGAGAAAAAGGUGUCUGCACAGAGAGGAUCACCAAGCCUGCCGUGAUCAGCAACAUGGGAGACAUCAAGGUGAACAACCAGGAGGGUUCAGGUGAUUCACAUUCUUCCACGAUGAGGUCCUUCACCAUCACUGAACCAUCCACAAUCAUAUCAUCAGAAGCAACAACAGAGUCAUCGCCCUGAGAAGUACAUGUAAUAUGCAAAUCCUUGUGUUGUGAUACAUUAUUAUGCUAGAUAGACAAGAGCGUGUGCUAGGUUGUUUGAUGUGACGAUGUUGAAAAUUUGCAUUGCUCUUGUUCGAGCGUGUUCUUUACCUUGUUUCGUUCUAUGUAAGUUCUAUGCAAUGCAAUUGUUGCAUAAUCAAAAUAAUUCCCCUUUAUAUGUUACCUCUAAUGUAAUUGCACU